AUGGCCAAUGCUCUCAUGAACGCUUCAGUAGUUGAGGCGAAUAAGGACUCUAAUCAUCUUGUCACUCACAAGAAAGAUUCUCCAAGCAAUAAUCAGGCUAUGCCUGAAGUUAUUCGGCUAUGGAUUAAUAGGCUGUUAUUGGUGGUAGAUUUCCUGUUUAACAUCAAGCUACGCCUGAAGUUAUUUGGCCAUGUAUUAAAAGGAUGGAUAAUGAAGGGGCCUACAGAAAUUAUCAAUUUAUCUAGUGAUGAUGAAUGCGAUACUGGUUUAAAAGCUGUUAAACUGGGGUCAGAUUUUGCAGAGCAUGCAGAACAACAAGCUGAGUCCAACAAAGUUCAACAAACCACUCAUCUUUGUUCUGCUAAACGAGAUUCUGAAGAGAAUAGGAACUCUGGUGGUCCAUCGCAGAGUACUGGUCAUCACAGCCCUAGUAUGUUGGAGCAUGGGCUGUCACCAGUUGAUAACUCUGGCCCAUCUUAUACAUCACCAAUUGCUGCGGCACCCCUUUGUAGGCAGUUCUGGAAAGCUGGGAAUUAUGAUGAUGGGCUUGGUCCUAAAAUCCCAGUUCAAAAUGCAAACCACUACCUACAUGUUCACCCCCUGUUCCUUCAUUCAAAUGCAACUUCACAUAAAUGGGCAUUUGGGGCCAUAGCUGAGCUUCUUGAUAAUGCAUUCGAUGAGAUCCAAAAUGGGGCUACUUUUGUCAAUGUAGAUAAAACUUCAAAUCCAAAGGAUGGAAGUCCUGCGUUGUUAAUUCAAGAUGAUGGUGGCGGGAUGGAUCCAGAAGCUAUGCGUUGUUGUAUGAGCUUUGGCUUUUCAGAUAAGAAGUCAAAAUUUGCAAUUGGGCAGUAUGGAAAUGGAUUCAAAACUAGUAGCAUGAGACUCGGUGCAGAUGUUGUCGUCUUCAGCCGUCACCAGAAUAAGGGGGUUUUGACUCAAAGCAUUGGACUUCUGUCUUUUACAUUUUUGAUGCAAACAAAGCUUGACAGAAUAGUGGUACCUAUGGUUAGUUAUGAGUUUAAUAUGUCAACCAGUAAGCUGGAUAUGUUGAAUGGUAGCGAACAUUUUAUGUCCAAUUUAUCCAUGCUGUUAACGUGGUCUCCGUAUUCAUCAGAAGCAGAACUUCUGGAACAAUUUGAAAAUAUUGGACCUCAUGGUACGAAAGUCAUAAUCUACAAUUUAUGGUUUAAUGACGAUGGCAAUCUGGAGCUAGAUUUUGAUAAGGACCCUGAGGACAUUUGCAUUGCCGGGGAUAUUAAAAAGGUUGACACUGUUCCUGCCUGGAAGACAGUGAAUGAGCAACACAUUGCUAAUCGGUGCAAAUAUUCUUUACGGGUUUACUUGUCUAUAUUGUACCUGCGGGUGCCUGAAAGUUUUAGAAUUAUACUGCGAGGGCAAGUUGUGAAGCCCCAUAACAUUGCUGAUGAUCUUAAAUUUCCUGAAUAUAUCUUGUACCAGCCCAAUAGUGGUGGAUGUAAAGAGGGAACAGUUGUGACUACAAUAGGAUUUCUUAAAGAGGCUCCUCAUGUUAACAUCCAUGGCUUCAAUGUAUAUCACAAGAAUCGGCUGAUACUGCCAUUUUGGCAGGUUGUGAACUAUCUUGAUAGCAGGGGUAGAGGAGUGGUUGGUGUCCUGCGAGCAGAUUUUAUUGAGCCUAUUCAUAAUAAACAAGAUUUUGAGAGAACUCCCCUGUUUCAGAAGCUUGAAAUUCGCUUGAAGGAAAUGACGUGGGAAUAUUGGGAUUAUCAUUGUGGACUGAUUGGAUAUCAAGCAAAAAAGAAGCCUCGAGUUCUGCAACUGGAAUCAUAUCCUUGCCACCCGCCUGGUAUAGAAAAGCCCCUCACGGUGGACAGAAAAUUUUCGCCUGUUUUGAAUAAAAAAGCAGCGUUGCAAAGUGGAUCUCAGCAAGGAUGUCAUGCUAAGAGAAAGAUGCACGAAUCGAUAGAGGUUCAGGAUAUAAAAGGGCGUGCAAGGAAAGAGAAUGAAAUAACUGGUGUUGCGUGCAGUUACGAUAAGAUACAGAUCGUGUCAGAACCUGCUAGACAAGGGGGGGACCAAGAUACUAUAAAUUUGAUGGUAAAGAACAAGAAGCUCCGUGAAAAAUGUUUGCAAUUUGAAAAGGAGGAGGAAGAACUUAAUCUAAAGGUGUCACAACUUAGAAGUAAAAUACAAGAAACAAAACGUGAGUAUGAGCGACUUUUGGCAGAGCUUCAGUCGGUAGGCUUGUAGGAGUAGUAUUAGCUGUGCAUACAGUUCUUUCAAUUCUUUUGUUUGUAUGAGUGUUGUAUGUAUAGCAAAGUGUAGUUUAUGAUAACACUAUUACUGGGGCUGAGGGUCAUGAUAUCAGAGCAAAUUGCUAUCCAAUGUUCAACUUCGGAGCUCCCUCUGGUUGAGUUGCCCUUAGAAGAUCUUUUGGCCUCCCUCAUGGAAAUAGAUGAAAGUGAGCAACAGGUCAGAUCUCACACCUGAAGCUUCAGGCUUGUUUUGUUUUUGUUUAUUGUAUUUUAUUUUGUUUUAUUGGCUAAAGAAGCUUCGAGCACUGCUACACUGACCUGUUGGUUGUUUUUGGGUCAUGUGCUUUGUCUUAGAAUGGGGCAUGUUAGAACCAAAAUGAGAAUAGUAAGAGCUUUCAGCUCAAAACAACCUUCAAGUUUACAAGGGGAUCAAGUGUUUUUUUGUUUUAAAGUGCGCCCCAAAGUUUGAAUGAUAGCUAAUUCAUGAAAGUUAAUUUUUAUGAUACUUAGAUUUCUGAAAA